GUAUACUGUGUUCAUUAGUUAUCUGAGGAAGACGCGUCAGCCCGUUAAUUAAAGAACGAGACGUAACCAUCGUAUCUGAAGGCUGUUCAAAUAUAUCCCACCAAUUUGACAUCCGAUUUCGUCAAAAUGGGAGCCACGAGGAAGCCACGAGGACAUGAUAUCGAUCAAGGUGGUCAUACCGAAGAAUUGUCUGAUUGGAUACACAGGGCUCGCUGUAAGAAAGUAAUAUUCCGUCGAAGCCCCAGACGAAACCUGAGAGUGGAAGCUGUACUUGCGUACACCAUUUCUAUGGCUGAGCGAGAGCUGCAUCACAAACAGAUGUUGAGACUCAGAAGAUGGCAGCAGAUCAAAGAAAAACUCACCAUAACCCAAAGACACUGCCAAAAUGAGGAGGAGUUCUACGAAUCUGGCCACAACGAACAAGAAGAGAAUGUCUGGGAGGCGCCGUUGUGCUCGGCACUGAGCAGCUUGGACAGUUUUAUGUCGAUGCUGAAGGCGAUCAAGGCUCCCUUGCAACGAUGAGUGAUGAGAAAAAGAAAUAUCUGUCACAAUUGGUUCGUUCUUACCAUUGAAUUCUACGACUGACGGAUAGCAACGGGUGUAAUUUGUUUGAAAGUUACAACACCGAACGAUAUUCUGUGGCAUUUCCUUGGAACACAAAUAAAACAGUCUCGAGGAUUUUGAAGAAGAUGAAAAUUUGAGAGAGCAAGAGUAGCUCCUUCCAGCUGUCCUGCACUUAGGCAUACCCCGCGGGAAAAGGACUAGUCCUAGCUACGACAUCCCGAUGUAUAUCUGGAUAUUUUUUAA